AUGGGCAGAGAUCGUAAGAAAGAGUUGUUGAAACCAGAUAAAAACUUCCGUAAUCAUAAACCGUGCAUUGCUGAUUGUAAUUCCUGUGUUCUUACAAAGGACUCCGUGUCAAUCGAGAUAAAUGCCGCACUUACAGUAGAGGUAAGCAAGCCAUAUGAAUGUAUACUGGUAGGACAGGGUACAGAUAUUGUAAAGGGAAUGGCGUCAAGACGAGCACUGACGUCAUUAAGAGCUGUCUGUGGGAAACUAACUCUAUCCGAGAUAAUAGAAGGCCGAGAAAAAGUGUCUAAACAAAUUAAGACGAUGAUGAGGAAAAGAUGGGGUAGAACAGUAGAAGUUACCAGAGUGGAAAUUAAAAACAUCAGUAUGCCAAGUGAUAUGGAGAGGGUGAUGGCUGGUGAGGCAAUAAGUAAUAGACAAGCUAAAGCGAAGGUGAUAGCUGCUGGUGGAGAAAUACGUGCAUCUCGUGCACUUAAAGAAGCUGCUGACAUAGUUUCAGCGUCACCGUCAACAAUACAGCUCCAUUUACUUCACACUAUGCUUAAUGUAUCAAAGAAAGACAACAACACUGUUAUUGUUCCUAUUCCUCGUCAUCUCAUACAAUUGUUUACCAGCAAUAAAUCAGACAAUAGGGAUGUUAUCAAGGUGAAACCACUGUGAAACAAACGAAGACUGACUGACAAGAUGAUCAGGGAGCAUUCUUAGUAUUAAACAAUAUAUUCGCUUUGUAAAUUACUGUAAUUGUUCUUUUACUUAUGUAUCAGUUUAUAUAUGAACUGCCUGCAAUACUUAUUCAUACUGUUACAUACAUACAUUUGACAUUUGAACCCGAAGACCUUACAACCUUUUGCCAUUUUAAAAUAUUAUUUAACCUGUCUUUCUCUACCGGAGAAAUAUUAAGAACCCUGUGCUGCUUUAAUGUUUUAAUGCUAAAGAAAUAUAUUAUGAUUAAUAAUAAUCGUUUAUAUACAUGUUAUGUAUUUGUUAUUUACUUCUGGUAUUUUAUCCAUUUUUUAUACAUGUAUACAUAUAUUUUUAUAAAACAGAAAAAGUAGACAUUAAACAUUUAAUACUGAAUGAAAAAAUCAGUGAUUAUUGGAAACAUUUAGUAAUCAAGAAAAAAUGUUCAUUAUACAAUAAGUAAGUAAGCUUAAGCUAAUAUUAUUUAUUAAAGUGAACAAGUUGGAUAAAUUUAAAGAAGACACUAUCUUUAUGUACUUAUAAUUUAUCCAAAAAUAUUCGUUAUGUUCGUUUGUAGAAUAAUCACUGUACAUAAUACAUCCAAAAUGGCAUUUCUUUAGUGCAAAAAUUGCUAUGUUAUUAUAUUUAUUGUGUAUAAAAUAACCAAAAUGACAUUUCUUUAGUGCAAAAAUUAUUAUGUUGUUAUAUUUAUUGUGUAUAAAAUAUCCGAAAUGACAUUACUUUAGUGCAAAAUUUGUUAUUUUGUUAUAUUUAUUGUGUAUAAAAUAUCCAAAAUGACAUUACAUUAGUGCAAAAAUUGUUAUGUUGUUAUAUUUAUUGUUGUAAUUUUGCAAUUAUUCAUGAUCAUUGUUAUUUCUUUUCACAUUUUUUUUAUUAUUUUGAUGUUUAAAUAUUUAGUAAUUUAAGAUUUUUUAUUUCUUUCAUCACACGUGCAAUUCACACCAAAUGUUCCUUCAGGAAUUUUGCACGAUGUUUAAUAAAACACAUUUUUUAACCAAGUUUUGUUGGGUUUUCUUCUUAAAAGUCAAACGUACGUUCAAAAAGGAUACAUAUAACCACUUUCAUUACUUACAAUGCGCUU